UUUUUACCAUCCAUGUAAUAGGGCCCUGCGUGUGGGCAGAGACAUGAGUGAUUUCUGCUGGCCGAGGGCGGGGGAUGUUUCAAUCCGAGAGAUUUCUAUAGCAUUCCCCGUCACCUAACCACGCACGGCAUCUUCUUCAGAGUGCUUCCUUCGCGUCAUCUGAAAUCUCGGAUAUGAUGCGCUGCUCCAUUCUCAUUCCUUCCCCUCCUUUUCCUUUUAUUAUCUUCUAUGCGUGCGCCUCGCUUCAAUCUCUUUUGCUUCUCAUCCAAGGGAUACCAUGUUUUCCCCAACAAAGCGAAGGCAUCAUCACCUCUUCCUAUUUAAAUUCGUGCAUCUCAUCCGCCAGCUCGCUUAAUCAGGUCCUCCACAUUCAAUUCAUAGGCAGAUGGGCCAAUCCGCGGGGAAACUCACCAAAGGGAAAUGAACAAGGAACAUGGGGAGGCACUCAAUUACGUGUACCGGACACCACUACUCUGAGGGAUGCAUUCGAGAACUACAAAGAGAAGCCUGGCGAUUUGCCAAAUAUAAUCAAGAAUGUUAUCCUCAAUAUGGGAUUUGAAGGCAAAGGAUUUAUGAAUGUAUUGUAUAAAUUUGCUGCUCCUAUAACAGGAGCACUUGUUAAGAAAGGAUUUUUUCCUGAUUUUGUCUCAAAUAAUGUCUUUAUUCCUGUUAUCACUUCUGCAAGUGUCCUUGUUCUCGCCACACUGAAUAAGAUAUGAAAGUAGAGUGAAGGCUGACAAUUGUUAUACUGGUAUGAAAUAACUCAUUUAUUAUUGGAAGAUAUUUAUAAUGCUUUUUUCUUUUUAAAUAUUUCUUCUACUUUA